GAGAAACAUGGCGGCUACUAUGAACAAGUUUAACAAACAUAACGUCAUUUUUCUACUUAUGAAGAGUUCCUCACGUCAUUUUGGAAAGAACGCCAGAUCCCAUUUUCUGCUAGCACUGCUUCUUACGCUGGCCGGCCGCAGUGGUGGGGAUGAUGACUAUCACAAGGAUGAAUUUCUGAAGAGGGAAUAUUCGCUGAGCAAGCCUUACCAAGGUCUAGGAUCUUCUAGCUCCUACCACUGGGAUCUACUGGGCACUGCGGUGAUCACACCGGAGUACGUGCGCUUGACCCCGGACCUGCAGAGCCGACUCGGCGCUGUGUGGAGUCGCAUACCUUGUUACAUCAGGGACUGGGAGCUCCGAGUGCAGUUGAAUAUCCACGGGCAGGGUAAGAAGAAUCUAAACGGAGAUGGGGUGGCUGUCUGGCUCACCAGAGAGCGCAUGCAAACAGGCCCAGUGUUUGGGAACAUGAAUCUUUUCACUGGUCUGGGCAUAUUUAUAGACACGUAUCCCAAUGAAGACAAACAAAAUGAGAGGGUGUUUCCCUACAUCUCAGCAAUGGUGGGGAAUGGCUCUGUUGUUUACGAUCACGACCAGGACGGAAGGAACGCAGACUUGGGUGGGUGUGCAGUGUCCGUGCGUAACAUCGAGUACGACACGUUCGUCCUGGUCCGCUACAUGAGGAACAUGCUGACGAUCAUGACAGACAUCGAGGGGAAGCAGGAAUGGAAGGAGUGCCUGGAGGUCCCUGGGGUGCACCUGCCCCAGGGCUACUACUUCGGAGUCUCGUCCAUCACUGGGGACCUGUCAGACAACCAUGACCUGAUCUCCCUAAAGCUGUUCGAGCUGACUGUGGAGCGCAGUCCUGAGGAGAUGGAGAAUGAGCAAGAGGUCACGAUACCCAGCGUGGACUACCGCGAGGUCCCUGUGGAAGUGACAGACGAGGGCAGGAGUAUACUUACCCUCCUCUUCCUUUUCCUGUUCUCGGUGGCUGGCCUCGUCAUCUUCAUCAUGGCCGUGCUCAUCAUCUACCAGCGGUGGAAGGAGCGCAGCCGAAAGCGCUUCUACUGAGAGAGUGGGAGACUGUGUGUGCAUGCGUGUGUGUGUGUGUGUGAGGGAGACGGAGGGUGUCUGUGUGUGUGUGU